CCAUAUUUCACAUCACUCUCAUGUUGACGCGAACCAUCUCAGACUAAAAUAGCAGGGUGUGCUACGGACCUCCAUAGGGUAGCGAGCUACCGUGAUCGUCGUAGUGGUCACCUGGUAUGCUAUAGUCCGAAUUCCGCGCACUAGCUACCUUGAUCAUGGGUCAGCAGGUGCGCUACUAUUGUUUCGGCUAAAUUAGUUCCUUCAAAGAUCAGGGAGAAACCCGUUUCUUGAAAUGGACGGCUUUGAUGAUAACCCGUUCGCCACCGGCGACGACGCUCAGCCGUUUGUUGCCGGAGGCGGGACGAAACCCACCGGCCGGCAAAUCCCAGUAGACCCUUUCGCAUUCCCACCAAAAACUCGUGCACCCGUCAAGACAAGCGUCGAUACUAGCUCGAGUGUCAGGAUCACGGACGCGAAAAGUGUGGCGGGUAACAGUAACAGUUACAUCAACAGUAACAGUAACAGCAGCGGGAGUGCGAAUUCCGCGCGGUCGUCGGCAAUCCCUGAGGAUUGGCUCGACUCCUGGACUGGAUCAGGCGCAUCCCCUUCCAAAUCCACUUUCGCUGCAAGCACCUCUAGUGCUUCCGAGCCCCCGUUACAGUCACAAGAUGGCGCGUUGGCAGCAGCGCAGCUAGCCAUGGGUUUCCUGCAGGCGGUGCAGGGGGCGUCUGGCGUUGGGGGGGGAUUGAAAGCUGGGGUUUCUGGAGUUGGGGGGACGAUGGGAGCUGGGACUUCUGAAGCCGGGGGAACGGUGAAAUCUGGGAGUUUUGGUACGUCAGCAGCAAUGUCAACACCAGCAGCAGCAGCAGCAGCAGCAGGGACAAGGGGAGGCGGAACUGCGGCCAGUGAAGAUCCGUUUGCGUUUCUGGAAAGCACUCCCUUAGGGGUUACCAGGGCAACCCUAGGGGAUGGUCAUUCUUCCAACCCCUUUCAGCAGUCUCAGCAACCAUCCCAGCAGCAGGACAAUACUCUCUUUGACUCAUCCCCGUUUGUAGCGUCCUCGUUACCAUUAUUCAGCUCCAAUGAUUCUACUGCACCUCCAGAUCCCGACCUUGCAUCAGACCCCUUCUGGACCUCGUUAUCGGCACAACCCCCCUCGUUUUCGUCACAACCCCCUAUAGUCACUUCAGGCAGUACCCUCGCUAGAGAGGCGGAGUCCGCCCCUUCUCCUUUCUUAGACUUGUUAGGCGAGCCUCUGGUCGAACUCACAGGCUCCAAUGCUGCUGCUGCCGGUUUUGGUGGUGGUUGUGGUGCUUCUGCUGCCGAUGAUGCUGCUACUGCUGGUACAGCAACGAGACAAGCAACAGCCGAGAGUGCAGAAACCACACAUCCACUGGCCAGAGGCCCAGCAGCCGAACGGUCUGCUUCAGCAGCAGCAGCAACGGCUUAUGACUUGGCGUUCCUUGAGUCGCUGCGGUCUUCCCCUGCUCCUGCCGCUGCUGCACCUGCAGGGGGUUCUGCUGCCACUGGCGCUGCUGGUGGUGAUGCUGGUGCUGCCGGUGCUGCUGAUGUUACUGCUGAUGCUACAGGCUCUGCAAGUUUUGAUGGCUUUGGGGACUUUUCUGAUCUCGGACUGCCCGCGGUUGUGGUUCCUGCUGCUGCUGCUAAAGUAGGUGCACCUGGGUCAGGUGCAUCUGGAUCAGGCGCAUCUAAGCCAACCGCUGCUGCAGCGCCUAGUGCUUCUGCACCUCUCUUCCCUGCCUUCACCUCUCCAGCCGCAGACAUUGGGGGUAAAACACGCUCCGCGGGUUAUGAUGGCUCAGAGGGUAUUGCAGAGAAGGAGGAGGACGAGGAGGAACGACAGAUAAGGGACGUUGACAUUCGCAAGGCCGCUGCUGACGUCACCAUCAGCCCCGUGCUGACAUCAUCCCCAUCUGCUGAGGUGCUCAAGUCUUCCUAUAUCUCCCUCCCCCCUAUAGAGUACUACGGACCUGCGGGCCGGUUUUCCCAAACCAUGUUUGCUGCUCCGGUUCGUAUGCCUGUUGAACCGAACCGGCCGAUCCCGCUCGUGGUGUGCCCCAAGCCUAGGGGCGAGGCCCGGGCGGAGGUUCGGGGAGGUGAGGGCAGGGGGAGGGAGGCCGGGAAGGGGUUCCCGACCUCAGGGUCGGUAUCCGGUGGAACGGGAUUGGUCGCUUCUUCGCCCGUGUCUGACGUGUCAUCAUCGGGCCUGUCUCCAGUUUCUUCGUCUUCUUCGUUGACGCUGCUAACUCCCUCCUCGUCCACCUCCUUACUAUCACCGUCAGCAUCCUUGUCAUCAGCAGCAGCACCAGCAGCAGAACCAGCAGCAGCAGCUGCAGCCGCCACAGAAGCCGCCGCCGCAGCAGCGGCAACAGCAGCAGCAGCAGCAGCGUCAGCUGUAGCAGCAGAAGCCGCUGCAGCAGCAGCUGAAGCAGCCAAUCUCACAGGGCCGGAUGCGGGUGGCAAGAGCUGUCUGCUAGUGGCGGUGGGGAAUGUGACGGUGUGUGUGACAGAUGAUGGUAUCAGAGCAUGGGACAUGCGGCAAGCUAUGUUACCCGAAGUCUCAGCAGCAGAAAACGUAGCAAGAGGAGCAGCAGCGGGAGCAGCAGCAGCAGUGGGAGCAGCAGCAGCAGGAACUAAACCAGCAGUAGAUACUGCAGCCACAGCACCAGACACAUCAAAUCCCAUCUCAAGUCAGCCGAAGGGUCUUGAAACUGCACAGGCGUCAAGGCCCUUAAAGCCCCGGUCCCGCCUUGGCUCGGACGCAGCUCCGUUUGUCUUUGUGCCGUUCCGAGGCUUGGCGGCCCGAGCCAAGAGCGUAGCCUCGGACGAUAGGCUUGGGGUGGUGUUCACGGGCCACAAAGACGGGCGCGUGCUUGUAUGGAGGGUGCAGACAGGGGGGGGAGGGAAUGGGGGUGGGGGAUUGGGAAUACGGUUGCAUGAACCUCGAGUGAUGGUGACACUUGUAGCUGACUGGCAAGCACAUACUGCGACUGUGACGGCACUGGUCAUUACUCCCUAUGGCGAGUUGUGGUCGUCUGGUGAUCGCGGCGUUAUCAAGGCAUGGACGUGGGUCUCUCUGAGCCACGAGAUUCAUAGAGCCAUGCAAGCACUAAAGGAGAGAAACAGCAUUGCACCUGACUCACAGCAGCACGCCACGUCAGCCCUGCCAGUCCGCAUCAACCCUGCCUGCGUGGAGCUUCGGCACCGAGCCUCAGCUUCCGGGGGGGAGCAGGCUCGGAACAACCUGGAAACCAGCAGUGCAGGGGGAUAUGGCGUCGGUGGGAUGACCGCCCUUGAGAGGAGCACUUGUUAUGACAGUGACGCAAAGGCCCCAGCCUUUGCGCCUGAGAGCACUACAUCCUUAGCUGUUACUCCUGCCGUAACACCUGUAACGCCUGUAACAUCAGCUGUAUCGGGCGUAACAAGCGUUUCGGCUGGGAGGGGAGCAGUAAGGAUGAUGGUGGCAGAUGCGGCGAACGGAUGGGUGUGGGCUGCUGGUCCUAAUUCGGCCUGUAUAUGGGAUGCAAGAAGACGAGAGGUUAUCCGAGCACUCUCCUCCCUUUCAGACCCAAGCGCAUCAGAGGAGCCUUCCAGGGCCCUUCCCCCUCGAGUCGACUCACCUAGCAACAACAGAAAUGACGUCAGCAGUGACGUCAACAGCAGCGGCAGCAGUGCCAUCACCAGCACCACCGGUAGUAACGCUAGAGACAGGCGCAUGGAAGGGGCGUGGAAACUUUUAGCUAAGUCCCGGGAAGUGUUGGGGAGGGCCAAAGGGGCGGUGACUGAUGCUGUAAGGGCAGCAGCAGCAGCUUCGAAAGGAGAGGAGUACUUAAGUGAAAGUGCCGGGGGGUUCGAAGAUAGUGGCGGAAAUGUGAAUGGCGGGACAGGGGGAGGAGCAGGAGGAGGAGGGGGGGGAGGAGGGAAAAGAGGAGGGAGUGGGGAGAGGGGUAGUGGCGGCAGCAAUACUCUAGCCUCUGCUUCAGCAGCACUAGGAGUCUCUGGGGGAUCAUUGAGAAAGCUCCAAGCAGCAGCUGCUGUGGGCGAUGGUUCGGUCUGGUUCGGGUUCAGGUCCGGCGCGCUGGUUCGGAUCGACAGGUUUGGGGCUCGAGUGCUGGAGGUGGGGUUGGAAGGGGGGGUGUGUUGUCUCUGUGUUGUGGGGUUGAGGUUAUGGGUGGGGAUGGCGGAUGGGGGGAUGGUGGUGCUUGGAGCAAGGAAUGGCAGGAGGUUGGGAGGAUGGCCGGGGGUGCAACGGCUGAGCCGAAAGCAGCAGCGGGAGUACCAGCAGAGCCAGCAGCAGCAGCAGUACCAGCAGCAGCAGCAGCAGAACCAGCAGAGCCAGCAGCAGCAGCAGUACCAGCAGCAGCAGCAGCAGAACCAGCAGAGCCAGCAGCAGCAGUACCAGCAGCAGCAGCAGCAGUACCAGCAGCAGCAGCAACACCAGCAGCAGCAGCAGCAGCAGUUACAGGGAGGGAACAGCAGCAGUGGGGACUUGGAUGUUUUUGGAAGUGCAGCCGACAGCAGCAGUGGGGGAGUCACCACCACCGGCAGCACCGCCACCGGCAGUGGCAGUGGCGGUACCAGCAUGAGCGGUGCUCUGGGCGUUUCUGGCCUUCCACCUAUCCGCCAGCUGCUGCCUUUCACCCUGGGCCUAGUUGCCAAAGGUGCCACUACCGCCAGCAGUACCAGCAGCAGCAGUAGGGACAAGAGUACUGACAGUGGCAGCUACAGUAGCACCACGACAGUGGGCCAGUUUGUCUUAUCCGUGGCGAAAAAUGGCGAAGUAACUGCCUGGGUCUCCUCCCUCCCCUCCACCCUCGAAUCCGCCCUCCACACCACUCUCGCCGCCCAAUCCCAGGCGUUCACUAGAAGACGAAAGCUGCAAGUGGCGACGGGCACAUGGAACGUGGGGGAGGAGAAGCCGGAUGGGGAGACGGUGCAGGCUUGGCUGGGGGAGGUGGCGAGGGGAGCGGAUGUGGUUGCAGUGGGGUUGCAAGAGGUUGAGAUGGGUGCAAGGGCCAUUGCUCUGGCUGCGGCAAAGGAAUCAGUGGGUAUGGGACUGCAGGAGAAGGAGUCUGCUGCGGCUCAAGAGUGGGUGGCUGCUAUUCGCAAGGCCCUUUCUUCGACUCCGUCCGGUGCUGCUUCUAUCGAGGAUGGGUUUGUGCGAAUCGCGUCGCGACAGCUGGCGGGCAUGCUGCUGACUGUGUGGGUGCGCGAGUCGCUCCUUCCCGACAGCAUAUCUGACGUCGAAACAGGCGCUGUGGCAUGCGGUUUCGGCCGAGCUCUGGGAAACAAGGGAGGGGUUGGAGUGCGCAUGACGGUAUGCGGGCGCGUCUGUGCAAUAAUAAACUGCCACCUGGCAGCGCACGACAACGCCACAGCCAAGCGCAACGAGGACUGGCAUCGCAUCUACACUUGCAUGGAGUUUGGGCGGUCCAUGGGGACAGUGGGCACUGCUGCCACCAACGCAGCGAAAGCUGCUGGAGCUGGCUUCCAAUCCGCCGUACAGGGCUUUGUAAAGGCAGCAGGCAGGGGCGUGGGUGCAGCAGGGGCGGCAGGCUUUGUCCCCAUCUCAAGCACCCAAUCCACCGACGUGUCGUGCUCUGAUUGGACGAGCGCUGGUGCCGGCAGCAGCUGGAACACUGGAGGAAACGGCAGCAGCAUUGGCACUGUGAACAGUGACUCCUACCCUGAGCUCCCCUCGUCCCUUCCGGACCUGUCCCAGUGCGACCUGCUCGUAUGGAUGGGCGAUUUGAAUUACCGCUUGGAUGGGGUUUCGUACGAGGAGGCAUGCAGCAGCAUCCCCAGGAGGCAGUACCCGCUGCUGCUGGCGUGCGACCAGCUGAGAGGGGAGAUGAAGGCUGGGAGGGCGUUUGUGGGGAUGCUGGAGGGAAACGUGGACUUUGCUCCCACGUACAAGUUCGACCGAGGGACCCUGAGCCCUCUGGCAUACGAUUCGGGCGAAAAGCGAAGGGUGCCUGCCUGGUGCGACCGCAUCCUCUUUAGAGACAGCUUCGCCAGCAUCGCACAGAGUGGUGGAGCGUUCGGAAGUGAUUCACUAGGGAAAGGGAGGGAUGGUGGUGGUGGUGGCGGUGGCAGUGUUGUGUGCGACGAGAGGAGCACUCUUUCCAAGCCUGUUGAAGUGCAAGUGAUUCGCUACACAUCCUGCAUGGCUGCCUUCCAGAGCGAUCACAAGCCCGUGACCUCCCUAAUGGCUGUCACCAUCGCCUGCCCUGACGCUGCUGCGCAGAGAUCCCUGGUCACUCGCCUCCUCUCCUCACCCCUCCUCUCCUCUCCCACCAACCCCACUACUCCCACUCCCUCCUCUCAUCCCCUUCCUACAACCUCGGGGGAGGUCGGUCCUCCUGCCUACUCUUUUUUUGAGGCGCCUACAAAACCGCCUUCUACCUCCUCCUCCUCUGAAGCUCCCACUCUCUCCUCGCUCCUCCUGCAAAUGGCAACCGCUCACCACCCCUCCGUCCCAGCAUCCGGCACUUGUGUGAGGAUAGACCCAGUGACCAGACGAGCGUCGGUUGUGGUUAGCAACAGAAGCAGUAGGAGCAAAGGGCAUGUGAUGGGGUUCAGCGUGCGGUGCGAGGGGGAGGUUGAGGGGUGGAGGGUGGGGGAGACUGAGGGGUGGGGGGAGGGGGAGAAGGGGGUGGAGGGAUCUGGUGCUGGAAACGAGGCAGGGGUGACUGAUGGUGAUGUGAUUAAGGCGAGGGCACAUGGUGGAUGGCCACUUUGGCUGCAGGUACAGCCUGGGGCAGGUGUUAUCUCGCCAGGGGAUGCAGCAACGGUGGAAUUCAGCAUUCAGCACACUGAAAGCACACCGCCAAGCAACACACCUAGCCCCUCGCUCCUCGACUCGCAACAGCCCUCCUGCGUGCUUGCAAUGGUGGUUACCACAUGGGGAACCACUCCUGUAACCAUGCAGAUACAUAGGUUUUGCCUGACUGUCCCGCAGUUUAGUCCUGGGCUGGAGUUGAACACACUGUGGGAGCCAGCAGUCGCUAGGGCAUUGCCGUUGCCCACCGGCAGAGGGUCAGGGGGGAGUAGGUCCACUUCACCCCUGCGCUUCUAGAGCCCCCCGGCCCCCACACACCCCCAUGUACUAUGCAGACGCAUAGGUUUUGCCUGGCUGUCGUGCAGGUUAGUCCUGGUCUGGAGUUGAACACACUGCGAGCCAGCAGUCGCUAGGGCAUUGCCAUUGCCCUCCAGCAGAGGGAGAGGGGGGGGGAGUGGGUUGACCACACCAUUCAGAUGAUUAUCAAAUUCCCUCAUAUACACUUCAAACACGA